UCUUUCUCUUUCCCGCUCCACUUCUCGUUGUGCUCUUUAUCCCCACCAAAUUUUGGGGUUUAGGGUUUUCUCCUCUCCCCUGGAAUUUCAAAUCUAGACCAGUUCCUCCUCAUUCCUCCACUUCACUCCAAUCGCAAUGAUGUACAAUGACCCUCAUAACCCCCAGCACCAGCAGCAUCAGCAUCAGCAGCACCAGCACCAGUUCCAGCAGCAACAACAACCGCAGCAUUUUCACCAUCAGCAGCCCGGUCCAGAAUUUCACCGUGGACCGCCGCCUCCACCGCCGCAGCAACCUCAUCCGCCGCCAAUGAUGCGUCAGCCAUCUGCAUCCUCCACAAACCUCGCACCGGAGUUUCACCACCCCGGUCCCGGUGGCCCCCCUCCUCCCCAUUACGAUGUUCAUAGUGAUAGCCAUGGUGCAAAAAGGAUGAGAAAGCAUACUCAAAGGAAGGCAGUUGAUUAUACGAGCACAGUUGUGCGUUACAUGCAGAUUCGUAUGUGGCAGCAUGAUUCGAGUGAUAGGACUGUACUGCAACCUACGACGGCAGCCGCAAUUGAUAUGUUGCCAGCAGCGGGCUAUCCAGACAAUCCAUCCACUAGCUUUGCUGCUAAAUUUGUUCAUACAUCUCUGAAUAAAAAUCGAUGCCCUAUUAAUCGUGUUCUUUGGACUCCAACAGGCCGGCGUCUUAUUACUGGCUCACAGACUGGUGAAUUCACUCUUUGGAAUGGACAGUCUUUUAAUUUUGAAAUGAUCCUUCAGGCUCAUGAUCAAGCAAUCAGAUCCAUGGUCUGGAGUCACAAUGACAACUGGAUGGUCUCCGGUGAUGAUGGCGGUGCAAUAAAGUAUUGGCAGAACAACAUGAAUAAUGUCAAAGCUAACAAAUCUGCUCAUAAAGAAUCUGUCCGUGACUUAAGUUUCUGUAGGACAGAUUUGAAGUUCUGUUCGUGCUCUGAUGAUACCACUGUUAAAGUUUGGGACUUUGCACGCUGUCAAGAAGAGUCUUCAUUAACUGGCCAUGGUUGGGAUGUGAAGAGUGUUGACUGGCAUCCUUCAAAAUCUCUAUUAGUAUCAGGUGGGAAGGACAAUCUUGUGAAACUUUGGGAUGCCAAAUCAGGGAGGGAGCUUUGCUCAUUUCAUGGCCACAAAAAUACUGUGCUUUGUGUUAAAUGGAAUCAAAACGGCAACUGGGUGUUAACAGCUUCAAAAGAUCAAAUAGUAAAGCUUUAUGACAUAAGAGCAAUGAAGGAGCUUGAAUCAUUUCGUGGACACCGGAAGGAUGUUACUGCUUUGGCUUGGCAUCCAUUCCAUGAAGAGUACUUUGUUAGUGGAAGCUAUGAUGGUUCCAUCUUCCAUUGGCUUGUUGGGCAUGAAACUCCACAAAUUGAAAUUUCCAAUGCUCAUGAUAAUAAUGUGUGGGAUCUUGCAUGGCAUCCGAUUGGAUACCUUUUGUGCAGUGGUAGCAGUGAUCAUACAACGAAGUUUUGGUGCAGAAAUAGGCCGGGAGACACUGUGCGUGAUAGAUAUAACAAUGGCAUGCAAGGAUAUCCUGAGCAAAAUCCGGUUGCUGGUCGCAUGGGUGGUAAUUUUGCAAUGCCUGAAGGCCCAACAACUCCUGGACCAUUUGCCCCUGGGUUGACUCGAAAUGACGGCACCAUUCCAGGUGUUGGAGUUGCCAUGCCCUUAUCUGUUCCUUCUCUUGAUUUUUCUCAAGGGGAGCAGAAGCAGCCCCAUCCUGCUUCAAUGGGGGCUCCUCCUCUUCCCCCAGGUCCACAUCCCUCUCUUCUUGCUUCUAAUCAACAGCAACCAUUCCAACAGAAUCCACAGCAGAUCCCACAACAUCAACACCACCAGGCACUACCACAACAGUUGGGUCCUUUGCCUAUGCCUCCAAAUAUGCAACAGCUACAGCACCCUUCCCAUUCUCCUUUGCUCCCUCACCAACAUUUGCCCCGCCCUCCGCCCCAAAUGCCACUUGGAAUGCCAGGAUCAAUACCAGGAAUUUCAUCAGUGCCUACUUCACAUCCAAUGCCAAUGCCAGGACCUAUGGGGAUGCAACAAGGUGCAAUGAAUCAGAUGGGCAAUCCAAUGCCGCAAGGUCCUUUUGUGGGCAUGAAUCAAAUGCAUUCAGGGCCUCCAAGUGGAGGGCCACCUCUUGGAGGUUUCCCAAACAACUUGCCUAAUAUGCAAGGGCCAUCAAAUACCAAUUAUCCUCAAGGUGCUUCCUUUAAUAGACCUCAAGGUGGACAAAUGCCCAUGAUGCAAGGCUAUAAUCCUUAUCAGUCGGGAAAUCAACCUGGUAUGCCUCCGAACGCACAACCAGGAGGAUCACACAAUCAAUGACCUCAGUAGAAAAGGAAAUUGCUUUAGCCCUUAGUAGUUGGCAUUUAAGCUUUUGUAUUUUCACUUCCUUUCUAUAUAUUUCGCAUUUUAAUUUCCUUCGGAAAUUUCACCAUAGAAAUUGUGUCCUCUUGUGCUGUCAACUAUUUGUACUCUUUUAUGUUAGACAGGGGUUUCAUAUUUUAUUGACACCCUAUUAUUUAAGUUUCGAUUGUUUGAUACUCUAUUUGCUAAACGAAGGUAACGAAUAUUCUGUGGAACCCUAUUCUAGAAAAUAUUACUCUCUUAUAAAGUAUUAGCAGUAAAUUAAAUUAUGUUUAUCAUUGAUUUAAUCUGAAGUA